AGCCCUCUCUUGCUUUAAUGAUGGGAUCACUCCAAAAUAUUUCAUGAAAGAGACACUUUCGGAAUGGGAUAGCAGAAUAAAUUGAUCACUCAAACAAGACUUAUGAGAACAACAACAAAGAAACAGUUGCGAGUUUCUAAAAACAGGCAAAUUCGGAAAGGACAAGUGGAGAAAAUCACCUGUUGCCUGCCUAUGGCGAAAGCCCAGAUCUAAGGGUGGUUUUCUUCUAUUUGGUUAAAACAAAGAUUAGAAACUGGAGAAUAAACAUGACCAAUAUGGUAUAGCAAAAGGGGACAUCAUCGAAUAGGUGCCCUAACCUCAGAUUUUAUCAUCAAGGAACAUACAGGGGAAAUUCUUACAGUUGGACUAAUGAUGGACAAGUGAAGCGCAUGCUGAUACGAUACUCUGCAGUUUGAAUCGCACCUUUUUACAGUUUGUAUGUGGGCUGAAAAAUAGAAACAUUAUUUCAACUGACACCAUUGUAAGCUGCAAUAUCAUACUAAGGACAGAAUCUUCAACAAGAAUCAAAAUAACAAAAAGCAAUUAAUCAGGGGAAUUUCUAUUAAUUUAAAAUAGAAUUGAUAGUAGACUGGAAACCAAAGUUGAUAGUUUUGAUUAUCAUAGAGAAGACAGUUGGGAUUUCAUGAUAUACUGUCUAAUAUGAUAUUCAUCUGGCAUUUGUGGAUAAUAACAUGCUAGGUUAAAUUGGAAACUGAAAGCCAAACUUGAUCUCUGCUAAGAGAUUUGGAAAACCAAGAUAUUACGGGAAAAUAAAAUAAUAACUCUACUAGUCAAUUCACGGAUAUUACUGAAAUUGCUACAGAGACAAUAUGGGGUCGAGAUUAAGGUACCAAUAUUGUAAAGUGAUUAUUGCCACAUCGAUGGUAUGGUUCCUAUUGGACGUUGUAUUACUCAUGUAUUAUACAGACUGUGCAUCUAAUCCUUCAUGCGACCAGAAUCGAGAAGUAGCCCCUGGUGGGGUUGCAGGAAAUCCACCAAAGAAAUCCGCAGGUCUUUUAGAUGCCAUUUUACCAAAAGGUAUAUUCAAGCCAGCUCCACCCAAUCUUCCAGGUGAAAUGGGUAAAGCUGUAGUGAUUCCUCCAGAUUUGCAGGCCAAAUCUAAAGAGAUGUUCAAAAUUAACCAGUUUAAUCUCAUGGCUAGUGAGAUGAUCAGACUCAACAGGACGCUGCCUGAUGUUAGAAUGGAGAGUUGUAAACAUAAAGAGUAUGUCGCAACUAAUCUGCUUCCUGAUACGUCUGUUGUAAUCGUGUUCCACAAUGAGGCUUGGACCACUCUUCUCCGUACUGUUUGGAGUAUCAUCCAAAGGUCGCCACAUGAACUUAUCAAAGAGAUUAUCCUCGUAGAUGAUGCAUCAGAAAGAGAUUUCCUUGGACGGAAGUUAGAAAUGUAUGUCAAAGAGCUUCCUGUUCCUGUGGUCAUCGAGCGAAUGGGGGAGAGGAAGGGCUUAAUAAGAGCACGAUUAAGAGGAGCCAGUGUUGCUAAGGGGCAAGUUAUAACAUUCCUAGAUGCUCAUUGUGAAUGCACAGAAGGCUGGUUGGAGCCCUUGCUAUAUGAAAUCUAUAAAGAUAGAACAAGUGUUGUGUGUCCAAUAAUAGAUGUCAUUAGUGAUGAGACAUUUGAGUACAUCACAGGCUCUGACAUGACCUGGGGUGGAUUUAACUGGAAGUUGAAUUUCCGCUGGUACCCUGUGCCCCAGAGAGAGAUGGAGAGGAGGGGAGGAGAUAGGAGUCUCCCACUGAGGUCUCCAACAAUGGCGGGUGGAUUGUUAUCUAUAGAAAGAAAUUAUUUUUAUGAAAUUGGCUCCUACGAUAGAGGAAUGGAUAUAUGGGGUGGAGAAAAUUUAGAAAUGUCUUUCAGGGUUUGGAUGUGUGGAGGUCAGGUGUUGAUCGCGACAUGCUCUCGUGUAGGGCAUGUCUUCCGCAAGGUGUCCCCAUACAGUUGGCCAGGGGGCGUUGUCAACAUCCUCAAUCAUAAUACCAUGCGUACAGUAGAAGUCUGGAUGGAUAACUAUAAAGAUUUCUAUUAUAAGAUUAACCCAGGUGUUAAACAAACUGAAGUAGGAGAUCUAACUCAAAGGCUAGAUUUGAGAAAAAAAUUAGAAUGUAAAAGUUUCCGUUGGUAUUUAGAAAAUAUUUAUCCAGAAUCACAGAUGCCUUUAGAUUACUACUCAUUGGGUGAGGUACGUAAUAAGGAGACCAACAUGUGCCUUGACAGUAUGGGACGAAAGAGUGGGGAGAAAGUAGGCAUGGUGCCAUGUCAUAAUAUGGGUGGUAACCAGGUGUUCUCAUAUACAAAGAAGAAGUCACUUAUGACAGAUGAUCUAUGUAUAGAUGUCUCACAAGUCAAGGGACCUGUCAAAUUUUUCAAAUGCCAUGGUUUGGGUGGCAACCAGCUAUUUGAGUAUGAUAAACAGACUCUACAAUUGAAGCAUUCCAACAGUAACCAGUGUUUAGAUAAACCCAAUCCAUCAGAACGUGAUACACCAUCAGUAGGCCCAUGUAAUAACAAGCCCUCCCAGCAGUGGGUGUUAGGAGAUAUAGACCUAGCUCGGAUGUGAUAGCGCCAUCUAUAGGCUCAUCUUCAUACUGCUGAAUCCUCCUGCACACUCAAGAAAUUGAAAAACCAUCAAACCAUAUUCUCAAAUACUUGACAGUCGUACUUUUGUUGCAGAAGUUACAUGCAUAAAAAAUAACAAUAAAAGAAUUGAUUUUACAAAAUUAAGUCAGAUUGUCAUGCCGAUUACACAUAAACAAGAAACACAUGAAAACUCCAAUACUAGGUGAUGAGGAAAUAUGCUUGCUUUCUAGAGCUCUCUUGAAAGAGCUCGAAGAGUCCAUGUUUUGACAAUAAAAUGUGACUUAGACUGAAAUAAAUAUAUAACUUUUUUCAUGGAGGAAAAUAUGUGUAAAUGAAUCUAAUUUCUUAUAAAAUGUACAUUGUCACAAUUUCCUGAUUGUCAGUAUGUUUCCAAGUUUUAACAUUGUCACAAGCAUAAAUCCUCCAACAAGGUAAUACAUGUACCAUGUGACCAUUCUAAUCUGAUAUUCUCGAAGCACUCUUUCCAUUUUGUAGAAACUACAGAUAUAAGAUAAUGUGUACUGUGUACAGAAACAGCUGAAAAUCUAUGUUUGAUUUUGUUCG